AGCGUUUUCGACAGUUCUAAACAAAGUACGGCCAUAAGCAUGUUGACAUGUCUAGUUCCUACAUGCUGAUCUUCAGGAAUGUCUGCGUUCUUAGUAGAUAGUAUGUUUUAGAUUAAAUAAAGAUUCAAUAUAUUGUGAUAUAAUUUGUGUAUUGGUGAAAUAUUUUUGGCUGCGCUGUUGUCAUGGGGAAGCCAAAGAAGAAGAGUGACCUCAGCCGUGCGGAGCUGAUGAUGAUUACAAUAGCCGAUGUCAUCAAGCAAUUGGUUGAGGCUCACGAGGAGGGGAAGGACAUCAACCUCAACAAGGUGAAGACAAAGACUUCGGCUAAGUAUGGCCUCUCUGCACAACCACGGCUGGUGGACAUAAUUGCCGCUGUUCCACCACAGUACAGACGUGCUCUGGUGCCCAAACUAAAGGCCAAGCCCAUUCGCACAGCCAGUGGGAUCGCUGUGGUCGCCGUCAUGUGCAAACCGCACCGGUGUCCUCACAUCAGCUUCACAGGGAACAUCUGUGUAUAUUGUCCAGGAGGUCCCGACUCAGAUUUUGAGUAUUCCACACAGUCCUACACAGGAUAUGAGCCAACGUCGAUGAGGGCCAUUCGGGCACGGUACGACCCCUACCUGCAGACGCGACACAGGGUGGAACAACUGAAGCAGCUGGGUCACAGUGUGGAUAAGGUGGAGUUCAUCGUGAUGGGCGGGACCUUCAUGGCCCUGGCAGAGGAGUACCGCGACUACUUCAUCAGGAACCUGCACGACGCUCUGUCCGGACACACCUCCAACAGCGUGGCUGAGGCCGUCAAGUACUCGGAGCGGAGUAACACCAAGUGCGUGGGCAUCACCAUAGAGACGCGUCCGGACUACUGCCUAAAGCGGCACCUCAGCGACAUGCUGGGUUACGGCUGCACUCGGUUGGAGAUCGGCGUCCAGAGCGUCUAUGAGGACGUGGCACGAGACACCAACAGGGGUCACACGGUGCGGGCGGUGUGCGAGUCAUUCCAUCUGGCCAAAGACGCCGGGUUUAAGGUGGUGUCCCACAUGAUGCCAGACCUGCCCAACGUGGGGAUGGAGCGGGACAUCGAGCAGUUCAUAGAGUUCUUUGAGAACCCUGCGUUCCGUCCGGAUGGGCUGAAGCUGUACCCGACUCUGGUGAUCCGAGGGACGGGUCUGUAUGAGAUGUGGAAGACGGGCCGCUACAAGAGCUACUCUCCCAGCGCACUAGUGGACCUGGUGGCCCGCAUCCUGGCUCUGGUACCGCCCUGGACCCGCGUGUACCGGGUGCAGAGGGACAUCCCCAUGCCCUUGGUGAGCUCUGGGGUGGAGCAUGGCAACCUGAGGGAGCUGGCCCUUGCCCGCAUGAAGGACAUGGGCACUGAGUGUCGGGACGUGAGAACCAGAGAAGUGGGCAUUCAGGAGAUCCAUCACAAACUACGACCCUACCAGGUGGAGCUGAUCCGGCGCGACUACGUGGCUAACGGCGGCUGGGAGACGUUCCUGUCGUACGAGGACCCGGAGCAGGACAUCCUUAUUGGCCUGCUCCGUCUGCGCCGCUGCUCCCCGCAGUCCUUCAGGGCCGAGCUCAAGGGCAGCGUGUCCAUCGUGCGUGAGCUCCACGUCUACGGCAGCGUGGUGCCCGUCAGCAGCAGAGACCCCAGCAAGUUCCAGCACCAGGGCUUUGGUAUGAUGCUGAUGGAGGAAGCGGAGAGAAUCGCUCGAGAGGAGCACGGCUCCAGCAAGCUGGCUGUCAUCUCCGGGGUAGGAACCAGGAACUACUACAGAAAGAUGGGCUAUGAGCUAGAGGGGCCAUAUAUGGUGAAGCGCCUGGACUGAUGGGGACCGGACAAAACCCAGCGUACAUUUUAUAGACAUUUUUAUGUCCUUGAGGACGGAGCAAACACACAUUUUGAGGCCUUUCAGUAAGACGCCUGCAUGGCUCAUGCCCCAAUGCAGUUGUCAUGGACGUUUCUGUAAAUUGAUUCCUGAGGACUGAAGGCAAUGUUAAUGCACUCCACAGGAGUUUCUCAGAGUGUGCGGCAUCAAGCCGUUUUCAGUCAUUUUGCUGUGCGAUUACGUUAUUUCACGGAUUUACCUCAUGUUUUCCACCCUGGAUUGUGUCUUUUAAAUAUUGACUUUGGUUAGUUCAUGGGUUUGACGUCUUUGCAUACAAUUUGCAGACUUCCCAUUGGUCCCAGUCAUGUAACAUUCUCUAGACAGUAGCGGAGAGUGUUCGCCUGUUGUUUGAUCAACGAUUGUCUAGGAUGUGGGGUGAAAUGGAAUAUCAGGAGUUUAGUAAACCUAGCCGUUAAAUAAACGCACUGAAUUGUUUGCGAGAAAAGGAAGCAGUUGGGUUUCAUAAACAAAUCCGUAUUAAUCUUUGCCCAGUUUUUUUCUGAAAUUACAUUACUGUAUGUCCUUAAAAUGGUAUGGCCUUAUUAUGUUGAGCGCCGAUGCUUACAAAGAACGGAAUUUUGGAUGGUUCAGGGGAGGGUUUUCGGUUUUGUCUCGAAUAAAGUCUAUUAGUCAAAAAUA